AUGGCGAAAUCAGCGUCUGGAGCUGAACUCAGGAUUGCGCUUAUUGGAAAAAGUAAGAAUGAAAAGACAAACCUAACUGACUUAAUCAACGGAAAAACAGAUUGUUCUCGUCCGACAAUGUCCACCCAAGUUGCACAUAACACAAGCGAGUGGAGGAAAACAAUCCUUACAGUAGUGAAAACGGCAGACGUGUUCAGUGUGUCAGUGGACAAAGUGAGACACGAGAUGAUGAGGUGUGUUGCUCAAUGCCCCCCUGGACCAAAUGUCCUGCUGCUGUUAGUGACGCCCUCAGAUUUCACUGAGCAGGACGGACAAAAAAUCAAGUUCAUCAUGAACUUCUUUGGACAAGAUUCUUUUAAAUACGCAAUGGUCAUCACAACAGAACAUGAUAAGAUUUGGAAUUCCUCAGUUGAUCAACUCCUCCAAGACUGCGGACAAAGGCAGCAGAGAAUGAUCUUCGACGAAAAUGAUUUUCCUCACUGUGAUCGUCAAGAAUUGAUGGAGAAAAUUGAGAAAAUAGUGGAUGAAAACAGGGGACAAUAUUUGACCUUUGCUCGAGAGACUGAUACCAUUGUCACGCCUGUAUGUGCAAACCCCCCUCUAAACCUGGUGUUGUGUGGGAGACAUGGAGCCUGGAAGGCUUCACUGGCAAAAGCCAUUCUGGGACAAAGAAAGGCUGGUCGAUCUGUUGACUCCUCAGAGUGUGUUAAACAUCAGGGAGAGGUGUGUGGACGUUGGGUUUCUCUGGUGGAGCUGCCUGCCUUGUAUGGAAAACCUCAGGAGGCAGUAAAGAAGGAAUCAUUCAGGUCUAUCUCCCUCUUUGAUCAUGAGGGCGUCCAUGCCUUCAUCCUGGUCCUACCUGUGGGUGGCCAAAUUGCGGAAGACAAGAAAGAGUUGGAGGCCAUCCAGAACACUUUCGGCUCUAGAGUCAAUGAUUUCAUCAGGACUGUUUUUACUGUGUCGGCCAAUCCCAACGUUCUGAAGGUACAGAAGAUUCUACAGGAAAACAGAGACAUCCAAGAGCUCAUCCAGAGCUGUGGUGGACAAUAUCUUGUCUGCGACAUCAAGGACAAGCAGCAGGUCUCUGAAGUUUUACAUACAGUAGAAAAAGGGAGAGGAUGCGGAGGCUUCACCAAAGAUAUGUUUCCCCAGCCUCCAAAGAAUCCGGUUAGAAGACAUGUGUCCGUCUUGGAUAGUCAAACUCAUCAGAGUAAAGGAAAGGAGUGUCUCAGGAUGGUGCUGUUGGGGAAGACUGGCUGUGGAAAGAGUGCCACUGCAAACACAAUUUUGGGCAAACAACGCUUUCAUUCUAAAGUCUGUCAAAACUCAGUGACACAGCUUUGCCAAAAAGAAACAGGGGAGAUUGAUGGGCGCCCUGUCGCUGUGGUCGACACCCCCGGCUUGUUCGACACCACUCUGAGUAACGAUGAAGUUAAACAGGAGAUUUUGAAAUGCGUCAGCAUGUUGUCUCCAGGACCUCAUGUGUUCCUACUGGUGCUGCCGAUCGGCCGCUUCACACAAGAGGAGAAAGACACCGUGAAACUGAUCAAGAAUUUUUUUGGCAAGAAGUCAGUAGACUACAUCAUUGUUUUAUUCACCAAAGGAGAUGACCUUGACAACGAAACAAUUGAAAGUUACGUGGCAGAGAGUGACGAACCCCUAAAACAACUGACGAAUGAAUGUGGAGAAAGAUACCACGUCUUCAAUAACAACGAGAAAGAGGAUCGUUCACAAGUCAGCCAGCUUCUGACCAAGAUUGACUCAAUGGUAAAGAAAAAUGGCGGUGGCUACUACACCUCAGAUAUAUUCCAAAGCGCAGAGGCAGCCAUACAAAAGGAAAUGGAGAGAAUACUGAAUGAGAAGGAAGAAGAGAUGCAGAGGCGGCUGAGGGACCUUGAAAGAAAAUAUCAAGAAGAUAUGACAAAGGUAACUUCAAUCCUUGAUCAAGAAAGACAAGAGAGAGCCAAAGAAAAGGAGGAACACAUAAAAAACCUUGAGCGUAUGGAGAGGGAGAGAGAAAGAGUGAAGAGAGAAGAGGAAAGGAAAAAGAAACAGCAGGAGGAAGUCCAAAGACUCCAGUGGGAAGAGAAACUUAAAUCUCUGGAGAAAAAACUAAACCUAUCAGACAUAAAUGAUGCUUCUGACAGUAUGAUUUUACUACAGGCUAGAGAAGACAUGAGGAAAGAACAAGAGGCUUGGGAGCAGAGGAGGAAGGAAUGGUGGGAUAAACGAUAUCAAGAAGAAGAACAGAGACGAGAAGAGAAGAGAAAAGAAGAAGAGAAAAUCAGAAGAGAAUAUGAAGAAAGAGAACGUAAAGAGUUACAGGAGCUCUAUGUGAAGAAAACAGAUGAAAUGAUGAGGAAAAAUGAAGAGGAGGCCAGAAAGCAAGCUGAAGAGUUCAAUGAAUUCAGUAACAUUUACACCACUGAAGUUUUAGUUGACAUGGAAAUGCAUGCAAAGUAUAUGGAGGAUCUGAGGCAGAGGCAGCAAUACCAGAAUGACUUGAUAAUAAGACGGAUGAGCAAAAGCAAACAAUACCAGACAGACAUUGAGAAACUGAAGAAAAAACAAGAAGAACAAAUGAAAGAGCUGAAGAGGCAACUGUUUUUAAACGAAAAAGAACAUCUGAGCAAAGAAAUGAACGAUCUAAAGAAAGAACACGAGGCUGAAAUAAAAACCUUGACAGAUAAACACAUGAAGAAAGCAAUACAAGACAAGUGUUCCAUUUUGUGA